AUGUCAUCAGAGCUGUACAAAAUCUCCCCUGCCAGUCUGAAGUACCUUGAGACCCCAGAACUAUGGAAGAUCAUUGAGUCAGACGGUGAGCUCGCGCCCCAUGCCAAAGACAUUGUGCAGAAACGCUUCAUUAACUACAACAUCUAUACCGUCCCAAGCGCGAAAGCCUUCAAAAAACUAACCGACCACUCAUCAGAUCCCAUCACCGACAUUAUCAGGUACGACCGCGUCAAAACCCUGAAAUGUCUCGUCGACACCGGCCUCAACCUCCAGCACUACAGCCGCAGUGGCUGGAAGCUCCUCGGACUGGCUCUCGCCUCCAAAGCCGAACGCAUCUCGCGCUACCUCAUCGACACUUCUUCCCCUGAGGACCUUUGCGGACGCAUAGGCGCCAGCAAUGACUCCGAAGACGGCGCCUUCCUCUCUCUCGCCGCGACCUGGGAUGCAUCGAUCUUUCAACAUUUGUGGGACCGCGUUCGACACAUCCCCAGCAAGCAGCGGAGAUUGUCUGACGACGCCGUGUACGCGCUAUGCAAAUUCUGCGACGCCCGUCUGGCGGAGCUGCUAUUGGCUGAUGGGAUCGAUCUGGCUGCGUUCGUUCAUGGCGACUCGGGCGAGACGGCCUGGCAUGCGGCGGCGGAAUGUGCCACCGAUCUGGAGUUUCUGAAGUGGAUUGCUGUUCGGUCGCCGGGGACUAUCAAUGAGAGGACAGUGGAGGGUACGACGCCCCUCAUAAAAGCUGCGGCUUGCAAUCGCUUUCCGGAAAUUGUUGUCUUUCUCCUCUCGCGUGGUGCUGAUCCAGCGCUUGUCAAUGAUGCGGGUGAGACUGCGGCCAGUCUGGCACAGCGGUAUGGUAACCAGGCUUUGGUGGAUUUGCUUACGGACAAAGAGUAG